AUGGUGUUUUUCAACAAUAUCAUUAAUUUGAUAUUCGCAGUAUCGGUGCUUAUUUUACAAAUACAAUUUGGUGAAUUAGCUCCAUCCAUCAAGAAUGCAGUUUUGGACUCAAGUUGUAUCAAUGCGGUAAAUCCAGGUUACAAUUGUGCUGGUUGUCCAGAAUCACCGGAUGGUUAUAACUUUGGUUGGCACUUUUUACUACCAGAUAUAUCAAAUGCUUUUGUUUCGAUCAAUUGCCAGUUUUCCAAAGCUGGUACGGUUACUAAAAUGAUCGCAGAACCAUGCGCUAUGCAUGCAUACUGUUAUACACCAACUGCAGAUACUCUUCUUGGUUGCACGGCUAAUGUGAGCGGUACCGCCAUUAAAUUUACUUUAAGUGAUGUGUGCAUGCCUCCAAAUCCUUGCCUAGACAACAACGGCGAUUGUGAUAUAAAUGCUGCUUGUUCACAAGAUCAAUACACAGGUGAACGCCAAUGUACCUGUAAAACUGGAUUCACCAAUACUGGUACCACAUCCAAUGUCACUUGCACAGAUAGCUGCCAAGUUCUGAAUGGUGGAUGCGAUAACAAUGCGGUUUGUUCACAUGAUGGAACUACAGGCGCAGUAAAAUGUAGAUGCAAAACAGGAUAUACUGAUACGGAUGCAACUGCAAAUGUUGUUUGUACAGAUAGUUGUACGAUAAAUAAUGGUGGAUGUAACGCAAAUUCAAUGUGUACACAUGACCCAACAACAUAUGCAGCCAUAUGUACUUGCAAGAGUGGAUAUACAAAUACUGGUUCUAACUCCAAUGUCAUUUGCACAGAUAAUUGUCUAACGAGUAAUGGUGGAUGUGAUGUCAAUGCAAUAUGUACCCAUAAUACAACAGUAAAUGCUGUUCAAUGCAUCUGCAGAACAGGAUAUACAAAUACGGGAUCUUUUUUAAAUGCUACUUGCACAGAAAGUUGUAAGGUAAAUAAUGGAGGAUGCGGUCCAAAUGCCGACUGUUCGCAUGAUGCAGUAACUGAUGGAGUUAAAUGCAUUUGUAAGAUUGGCUACGUAAACACUGGUUCUAGUUCAAACGUUAAUUGUACAGAUAGCUGUACAAUAAGUAAUGGUGGAUGUGAUGCUAGUGCAAUUUGUACACAUGAUGCAGAUACGUAUGCCGCCGAAUGCUCAUGUAAAACUGGUUACGUGAAUGCUGGUUUCACCUCCAAUGUCGUUUGUACAGAUGGUUGUCAAAUAGAUAAUGGUGGAUGUGAAAUCAAUGCCGUGUGUUCUCAUAAUGCUACAACAGGUGCACUCAAAUGUACUUGCAAAACAGGUUAUACAAACACAGCUUCCGGUUCAAAUAUCACAUGCACGGAUAAUUGUCGAAUAAAUAAUGGUGGAUGCGGUGCAACUUCAUUUUGCUCUCAUGAUGCAACAACCAAUGCAAUCGUAUGCACUUGUAAGACUGGUUAUAAGAACACUGGUACCGGCUCCAAUGUAAUUUGUACAGAUGGUUGCCUAGUGAGCAAUGGUGGCUGUGAAGAGCAUGCACUAUGCUCGCAUAAUGCAGUUACAAAUGCAACUGAAUGUAAAUGCAAAACUGGAUACACAAACAUAGGUUGUGUCUGCAAUCCUCAGUGCAUAGAAAGCUGUCUAGUAAAUAAUGGUAAUUGUGAUAUGAAUGCAAUGUGUUCUCAUGAUACAACAACCUAUGCAGUUCAAUGCGCCUGUAAACCAGGAUAUACAAACACAGGAACUACUGCAAAGGUCAUUUGCACAGACAAUUGUGAGUUGAAGAAUGGUGGAUGUGAUAUGCAUGCUGAUUGUUUACAUAAUGUUACAACCAAUGCAGUUAUGUGCAGUUGUAAGACAGGAUAUACAAACACCGGUUCUGGAUCAACCGUCAUUUGUACAGAUAGCUGUCAAGUAGGUAAUGGUGGAUGUGAUAAUAAUGCAAAGUGUUCACAUGAUGCAACAACAAAUGCAGUCACAUGUACUUGUAAGACUGGAUAUACAGAUAUUGGUUCCGACUCCACUGUUAUCUGCAAAGAUACUUGCCAAGUAUACAAUGGUGGAUGUGACAUGAAUGCAGAUUGUUCUCAUGAUUCACAAACUAAUGCAGUGAAAUGUACUUAUUGUUGUCAAGUUGUCAAUGGUGGUUGUGAUAAAAAUGCCAUUUGCUCACACGACGAAACAACCAAUGCUGCUACAUGUACUUGCAAACCUGGUUACACUAAUAUUGGUACUACUUCCAAUGUUAUUUGCAAAGAUACUUGCCAAGUAGACAAUGGUGGAUGUGAUACCUAUGCAGUUUGUUCUCACAAUACACGUACGAAUGAAGUCAUGUGUACUUGCAAGACUGGAUAUACAAAUACUGGCUCUGAUUCUAAUUGUACCUGCACAGAUAGCUGCCAGGUCAAGAAUGGUGGAUGCGAUUCUAAUGCUCAUUGUUCUCAUGAUUCAACAUCAUAUGGAGUUGUGUGUGCCUGCAAGACAGGAUAUACAAAUACUGGUUCAAGCUCGAAUGUUACUUGUACAGAUUCCUGUCAAGUAAACAAUGGUGGAUGUGAUGUGAAUUCAGUAUGUUCUCAUAGUACAGACACAAAUGCAGUCAAAUGUACUUGCAAAAUGGGUUAUACAAACGCUGGUUCUGAAUCUAAUGUUAUCUGUAAAGAUACCUGCCAAGUAGACAAUGGAGGAUGUGAUAUAAACGCCAUUUGUUCCCAUGAUAAAUGGACCAAUGCAGUCCAAUGUACUUGCAAACCAGGAUACACAAAUAUUGGUUCCGAUUCUAAUUGUACCUGCACAGACAGUUGUCAAUACCACAAUGGUGGAUGUGAUGAACAUGCGGAUUGUACACAUGAUGUGACAAGUUAUUCAGUCCAAUGUACGUGCCGAAAAGGAUAUACUAACACUGGUUCUGGCGCCACGCUCGUAUGUACAGAUACUUGUCAAGUAAACAAUGGUGGUUGCGAUACCAAUGCUAUAUGCUCUCAUGAUUCAACAACAAAUGCAGUCACAUGUACUUGCAAGACUGGUUACACAGACACAAAUUGUGAUGGCAAUGCACAAUGCAUAGAUAGUUGCCAAGUAGACAAUGGUGAAUGUGAUAUCAAUGCCAUAUGCUCCCAUAAUUCAAAAACCAAUGAAGUGAUAUGUACUUGCAAGAAAGGAUACACAAAUACUGCAACAGGCUCGAAUGCGACUUGUACCGAUAGCUGUACAGUACACAAUGGUGGAUGCGAUAUCUAUGCCAUUUGCUCCCAUGAUACAACAACAAAUGCAGUUAUAUGUACUUGUAAGACUGGAUAUACAAAUACUGGUUCAAUGACUAAUUGCGUUUGUACUGAUACCUGCCACGUAAAUAAUGGUGGAUGUGAUACUAAUGCAUACUGUUCACAUGAUGCAACAACAAAUGCAGUUACAUGUACUUGCAAGCAUGGAUAUACACACACUGGUUCUGACUCUAAUGUUAUCUGCACAGAUACUUGUCUGUGUGGUAAUAAUGGUGGAUGUGAUGCUAAUGCAAUUUGUAUACAUGAUCAAACAACAUAUGAAGUGAUGUGUACUUGUAAGACAGGAUACGCAUUUAAUAGUUCAGACGAAAGUAGCGUUUGCACCGAUGAGUGCCAGCUACAUAAUGGUGGAUGUGAUAACAAUGCAGUGUGUUCACAUAAUAAAACAACAAAUGCAGUUAUAUGUACUUGCAAAACUGGAUAUACAAAUACUGGUUCAAUGCCUGAUGUCGUUUGCACUGAUACCUGUCAAAUCGAUAAUGGUGGAUGUGGAUCAAAUUCCAAUUGUAUGCAUGAUGAAACAACGAAUGCAGUCAAAUGUCACUGUAAGACCGGAUAUGAAACGUCUGGUUCCAAUGAUACUACCGGUUGCGUAGAUGAUUGCACAAUCAACAACGGUGGAUGUGAUAGUAAUUCUAUGUGCACCCAUGAUAAAAAAACAAAUGCAGUCAUAUGUACUUGCAAGACUGGAUAUACAAAUACAGGUUCUGAUACAAGUGUUGUUUGUACAGAUGUCUGUCAUGUGUAUAAUGGCGGUUGCGAUGAUAAUGCAAUCUGUUCACAUAAUGAAAACACAUAUGAAGCCAUAUGUACAUGCAAGACGGGAUAUACAAAUACUGGUACUAGUUCCAAAGUCGUUUGUACCGACACCUGUACUAUCAAUAAUGGCGAUUGUGAUAGACAUGCCGAUUGUUCACAUGAUAUAAUGACUCAUGCAGUAUCAUGUAAAUGUAAAACUGGUUAUAUCAACAGUGGUUCAGCUAGCAAUGUCACUUGUACUGAUGCCUGCCAGAUGAAUAAUGGUGGAUGUGAUAAUAAUGCAAUGUGUUCACAUGAUGAAACAACCAAUGCAGUUACAUGUGCUUGCAAGACUGGAUAUACAAAUACUGGUUCACCCUCCUGUGUUAUCUGUACAGAUACUUGUAAAAUUCAUAAUGGUGAAUGUGGUGACAAUGCAAUUUGUUUACAUGAUGCAACAACAAAUGCAGUUACAUGUAUUUGCAAGACUGGAUACACAAAUACUGGUACAAUGUCUGGUGUCAUUUGUACCGACAUAUGUCACGUCCAAAAUGGUGGAUGCGAUGUACAUGCUGAUUGUUCACACGAUUCAAAAACAUAUGCCGUGAAAUGUACCUGCAGACCAGGAUAUACAAGCUCUGGUGCUGAUAUCAACGCUACUUGCACAGAUACUUGUCAAGUGAACAAUGGUGGAUGUGAUAAUAAUGCUAAUUGUGUACAUGAUUCAUCAACGUAUGAAGUUACAUGUGUUUGCAAGACUGGUUAUACAGACACAGCGGCUGGUCCCCGUGUCGUGUGUAUAGAUAGCUGCCAAGAAAACAAUGGUGGAUGCGAUAUGAAUGCAAUCUGUGAUCAUCGUUCGCCAGACAAUGCAGUUAAAUGCACUUGCAAGAUGGGAUAUACAAAUACUGGUACAGAAUCGAAUGUGACUUGCACAGGUGAAUAG